CUGCAAUGUCAGUUUUUGGUGGCUCAUUACCAUUUUCGAGUAGUACUGACGUAUUCAGACGAUUAAGCGCUUUUAUGUUUCUUAAAAUGUGUAGGCCAUAGUUCGAAGUUAAUUCAAAGAGCUGAGUGACCUAUGUAAAUGCUAAUAUGAACCGAAUAUAAUUACAAUCCAUUAACUGUCUGGUCGGAUAACGAAAAUUUGCAACUCUUUUUAAUAUAAGGUUUUGCUAACAGCUUAAGAUGUACAAUCUUCGGCUGCGCUCAAACUUAUCCUUCCUUAGUUGCUUAUAUUUAGUUAAUAUACGUCAUUUAUAUUUGCGGUAUCUAAAUGGAUCACAAUGCGAACAAUUUUUUAAUCAAAAUAUUUAAUGAAUAAUUUGUUAAUUACAUAAUUUAAGCAUGCAAAAUAAAAUUCAUCACGUAAAAAAUAAACGCGACAAAUACUGGGAGUUAUAAAAGUGCAAUAUUCAAAAAGUUUUGCUCAUUCUUUCAUUUUCCUCUAACAAAAUGAAUUUGGGAACUCUUCCUGCAUUUAUUACUGGGUUCUAUCUUCUCACUCAAUUGGCAUCGAUAAUCGCAUACAUAAAGUUCACGAAUUUGAAGUGUGAGAACUACGACAAAAGCUUCCUGAAUUUCCGAAAAUGCGAUCUUAAGGCUUUGUCUCGCAACAAAGUCGCGCUCACCGUGGACGUUCAAAUUUUCCAAUUGCCCAUAAGAAAUUUCAGCGUUAAUUUGGAUGUUUAUAGAAAGGCGAAUGGCUAUCGUCCUUUCCUUUUUAAUAUAACAACAAAUUUUUGUGAGUUUUUUAAAAACAGGAAGCGACUACCUUUUGGAAAGUUGAUAAUGGACGCGGUGGAAUUAUAUUCAAAUCUGAACCACUCUUGCCCUUUCAACGUAAGAUGUCAUGUAUUAAAAUUAGUUUGUUUUUCAUUUUACAAUAAUUCAUAUAAUUUCAAGCAUGACCUAAUCGUCAAAGAUUUGGUGCUCCAGAACGAACAACUUCAAUCACUGCCUGCGCCAACUGGUGAAUACCUUCUGCGAAUUACGGCUGCAUUCUACAAUGUUUGGAAAUUUAAGGUCCAUGCAUAUAUACAAAUAGUUGAAGAAUGAAUUGAAUCACUACACGGCAAAAACAACAGUUUUCUGGUCGUGAACAAACACUAACUUGUUAAAUACCUUCUUCUUCAAAAUUCAUUAAAAAGGAUUUAAAUUGGUUAACGUAAU